UCGAAACCAAAGCCAUUAAUUUUUGGUCGUCGAAGUCUUUUUUAUUUUAUUAAUAUUGUUUUAUUUUAUUUGAAACGAUCAUAAAGAGUAAUUCAACUAGAGUUGUGUCUAUAAAUAUGAAGUUGCCCCUGAUGCCUAGCGGAAUCUACAAGCAGCAGCGUUGCCGAAGAUUUCUUCAAUUCAACUAUUGAUAGCUAGCAUGGCAAGUACUCCAGUUGGCUCUAAUGCACUUAUUCUGGAAGUUCUUGACCGUAGUAACUAUGAAGAUUGGAGAUCGCGAUUGAAAACUUAUUUGUUGGCUGAAGAUCUUUGGGAGGCUGUCGAAGCAAUCGUGAAACCUCCAAAACGUGAAGAUGAUCGAACUGAUUAUAAGGCCUGGACCAAAAAGAAUGCCAAGGCUUUGUACGCAAUCCAAAAUACAUGCGGGAGAGAGCUGUUCUCUUUUAUAAGGGAAAUUGAGACGGCCAAAAGUGCCUGGGAGGCUUUGGAACAAGAGUGCAAAGUUAUGCAAGGAUAUGAUGAGAACAAUGUGGACCACUUGGGGCGCUAUAAAUUGUUCAUAGAAUCAGUGAGCAGUGGUGAUUGGGAUAAGGCAAAGAAGUGUCUUGGAGAAGUUGAUAUGCGCAGUGUAGUAGUAAGGGCAGUAGAUGGAGAUGGAGAAAUCGCUCUUCAUGUAGCAGCAGAGGAAGGGCAUGCACAUAUCGUGAAAGAGUUGGUGCAUUUGAUGACACAAGAAGAUUUGAAAACGAAAACCGCUCAUGGUCACACAGCUCUUCACCUAGCAGCAGCGGAGGGGCAUGUGCACGUUGUGAAAGAGUUGCCGGUGCAGUUGAUGGGAGAAGUAAAAGACAAGGACGGUGAUACAGCUCUUCAUACAGCAGUCCAGGAAGGGAAGGUCGAUAUUAUUAAAGAGUUGGUGCUGUUGAUGAGACUAGAAGACUUGAAAAUAAAAAAUGAUGCUGGUUACACAGCUCUUCACCUAGCAGUCAAUAAGGGGAAUGUGCCUAUGGUCAAAGAGUUCGUGAGAAAAGAAAAAGGUGAGAAUAAUAUUGGCAAGGACGACUUUAAGCGUUAUAUACCGUUUACCACCUGUGUGAUAAAUGGUGAUUGGAAUAAGGCAAACGAGCGUCUUAAAAAACUAGAUAAUCCGUAUGGUGCAGUAACAACAGUAGAUCCAAGACACAAGUCACACAACUACGGAGAUACUGCUCUUCACGUAGCAGCCCGGGAAGGGCAUUUGGACGUUAUCAAAGGAUUGGUGUUGUUGUUGAAAAUAAGACAAGAAGAUUUAGAAUUGAAAACCGCUGAAGAUUUCACAACUUUUGGUUCUGGUAUAACAAUAGGGGUCAGUGAAGAAUUCCUUAUGGAGAAGGCCAAAUACAUGGUUGAACAGUGCGAGAAAACACUUGGCAGUGUUUUGGAGAUACAAAACGCUAAAGGGUCCACAGCCCUUCACGUAGCAGUACUACAGGGGUAUGGGGAUAUUGUGAAAGAGUUGGUGCCAUUAAUGAGAAAAGAAGGUUUAGAAAUAAAAGACGCUGAUGGAGAUACAGCUCUUAUAAUUGCAAUCUUACAAGGGCGUCUGGAUAUUGUGAAGGAGUUGGUGCCAGUAAUGAGAAAAGAAGGUUUAGAAAUAAAAGACAAUGAUGGAGACACAGCUCUUAACAUUGCAGUCUUACAAGGGCGUCUGGAUAUUGUGAAGGAGUUGGUGCAAUUGAUGAGACAAGAAGGUUUGGAAAUAAAAAACAAAAACGGUUCCAAUGCUCUUCACCUAGCGGUCAACAAUGAGCAUAUGCAUGUUGCUAAAGAGUUGAUGGCAUUGAUGAGACCAGAGGCUUUGGAAGAAAAAGACGGUGCAGGUUAUACAGCUUUAAGUAUGGCUAUUAGACGUUUCAAGGAUGGAGACGUUUGCGAAAUGGCUAAAUACAUGGCUGAAAAGAAUGUUAAAGUACUUGGCAUACCCUCGGCUCCCCAUGAUGAGAUUCCAGUUGUCAGAGCUUGUCGUUCUAGUAAAUGGAAAUCGGCUCGCUAUAUGUGUUCUGUCACUCCACUUGAAGCUCUCGAGGGACCCAAUGGCAGUGAUGUUAUUUGCUAUUCUCUCGAUGCUAGCAGAACAAUUGAUUUGGCAUGGAAUCUGCUUCAACGUUGCCCGAAUUUGGCCUUCACUAUCACUAAAUCGCAUUUUGAAAGCCCUAUGUUGAAAUUGGCUCGUAUGCGUUUUGCAUUCUUAAGUGGAACACGACUCACACGCUGGCAAAGGUGGCUUUAUGAUUGUAUAUACAUACGAGAAGUUGAUCAUGUUAACGUUCAUGAUAUAUCUAUAAGUGUUGCCGAAUCAAAAGAAUAUCAUAGCAAUAAAAGGGAUUUCAUUUCCUCAGUUAUCAGUUUAUAUAGAAGAUUUGCUAAAAGCCUCUAUAUAUUUUGCGGAAUUCAUUGUAUAUAUGAAAUGAAAUCGACACAUAAAUGGAUCUUUCAAAUUCUACAUUGCAUGGGUGAAGCGACAAGAGUUGAUAGUCUCACACCGGAUCAACUCGACAUGGUGCAAAAAUCAAUCUUCAAAGCUAUAGAACAAGGGCAUUAUGAGUUUGUUACUCAAUUGUAUAAAGCAAAUCCAGAACUAAUCUUGGGCACUGAAGAUGAAAUGGAGAAGAACAUAUUUGAUUUUGCCAUCGAAAAUCGUCAAAAAGAGGUUUAUAGUCUUAUAUAUGGGCUUGAAGAAGAAAAGCGAAAUGACAUUGGAAUUGCUGCUGGGAACUUUGGCAGUUUGCUACAUUCUGCCGCAAAUUUAUCCUCACUUCCACAAUUUAAUCAUAUUCAAGAUGCAAGUUUGCAAAUGCAAAGAGAACUACAAUGGUUUAAGGAGGUGGAAAGUGUUAUACCUCUCGAAAUGCAUGAAUAUCGAAAUCUUUCAGACAAUUUAACAGCGCAUGAACUAUUUACCAAGAAUCACAAGAAAUUGAUAGAGGAUGCAGAAAAUUCGACGAAAGGAACUGCAGCUUCUUGUACAGUUGUAGGUGCUCUUAUUGUUACAAUGAUGUUUACUGCAGCUUUCACAGUUCCUGGUGGAAAUAAUGACAACACAGGCCUUCCCGUGCUACUAGAUAGAAGGUUGUUCAAGGUUUUUAUAGUGUCAGAUACUAUAUCACUUGUUUCUUCCACAACUUCAGUAAUUACAUUCUUGGGAAUACUCACCUCACGGUAUGCGGAAGAUGAUUUCCUCAAAUCUUUACCCACAAAGAUGAUGAUCGGCCUGUUCACACUUUUUUUCUCUAUUGCCACCAUGAUGAUUGCAUUUUCUUGUGCGCUUGUCAUUAUGCUUGAUAGAGAAGCAUGGAUUGUUAUACCAAGUAUUUUGUUUGCUAGUGUUCCACUCAUAUCAUUUGUGUGGUUAUUGUUUCCUCUCCUCGGCAAAAUUUUCAUGUCUACUUAUGGACCUGGAAUAUUUGACAAAAGAAAUAGAGUCAAAUCCUGAUUUACUAA